AAUUAUUAUUAUUAUCAUUAUUAUUAUCAUCGUCGUCAUCAACGUCAUCAUCAUCUUCUUCUUAUUUCUCGUCAAAUUGUAUCGACGGUAUUUAUCGAUGAUCGGGUGUUAACGUGGAAAACAAAUAAAGAAGAAGAAGAAGAAGAAGAAGAGAGAGAGAGAGAGAGAGAGAAAAGAAAUAUAUAUAUAUAUACAUAUUUACACACACACAUACGUAUAAAGAAAGAAUUAAAAGUUAGAAUUAAAGAAGAGUGAACGAAAAAGAAGAAAAAGAAGAAGAAGAAAAAAGAGGAAAGGAGCGAGAAGAAUUUGAUCUACGUCGGAAAGAAAUUCUUUGGUUCUUUUUUUUUUUUUUUUUUUUUUUUUUCCUUUCUUUUUUAUAAAUCUCUCUUCUCCAAAAUUUAAUUGUGUGUAAUUUUAAUUUUGCGCGAGAAAUUUUAAUAAAUCGAAAGAAACGAUUGAUUAGGAUGGAUGUGACGGAUGAUCAUUACGAUUCCGUCGCAGCCGAUAACGUGGAAGGGAGAAAAUUUGAUAAUAUUAAGGAUAAAGAGGAAGGAGAGAAGGAGGAGGAAGAGGAGGAGGUGGAGGAGAAGAAGACAAGUAGAAAGACGAAGAAUGAAGAUGAUGAUGGCUCGUCCACGGUCGAGGAGACCUACGAGGUCACUACUACCAAACGUAAAACCAUCCGUACCAACUAUAAGAUCCAAGAAACUUCAGCAUCAACUAAAACAACCACCAUGACAACAGCAGCCAAGUUAUACGGCAAGGAUUUAAGUGAAUAUGAAGAUGUUGAUGUGGAUGAAUUGCUGGCACAGUUAACGCAGGAAGAAAUCAAUAUACUUGCCAAGGAAGUUGAUCCAGAUGAUAGUUUUAUGCCUCCAUCACAGCGUUGCAGCUAUGAAUGCGACAAGAGUCCAACAGGGCCACUUAACCGAAAGAAACUCAUCGAACACAUUAAUAAACAAGCAUUGGAAACACCGGAUAGACCAGAAUUAAAACCUUAUGUACCUGGAGUUAUUAGAGGAAAAAAGUGGAUCCCACCGUCUCAGGAAAGCGCAAAGGAAAAAGAGGCAGAAGAACAAAUUGCUAUAGAUCUUGGCGAUGAAUAUGAACAAGCAUUAUCUAAUGCGACUCAAGAAGAGAUUAUUGAUCUUGCAGCAAUUCUUGGAUUCCACUCUAUGAUGAAUCAGGAUCAAUAUCAUGCAUCUUUAUUAAAUUCUGGACAGCCUGUGGGAUUGGGCUGGGAUGGAGUGACAAAAGCUAGUCAACCAAAGCCUUAUCCAAUGGAACCACCUAAUGAUACGGACGUUGAUGCAACUAUCAAACAAGUUAGAGAUGAUGAUUCUUCUCUAACUGAAUUAAAUUGGAAUAAUAUUAAAAAUAUCUCGGAUGAGAAAUUUAUUCAAUUAUUUGAAGGAUUGGAAGGAAAUACGCAUCUUGAGUCAUUAAGUUUAACCAAUGUUGGACUUACUGACAAAACGGCGCAAAGGUUGGCAGAAGCCAUGGAAAAGAACUCUACGCUUAGAGUAUUAAACGUCGAGACAAAUUUCAUAAGCCCACCUGUGAUAGUGAGGCUCAUUAGAGCUCUUCUUAAGACCAAAUCGAUCGAAGAAUUCCGAUGUUCCAAUCAGAGAUCACAAGUAUUGGGUAACAAAAUUGAAAUGGAAAUCACACAAUUGGUUGAACAAAAUCCAACGUUAUUACGACUUGGACUUCACUUUGAGUUUAAUGAUGCAAGACAUCGCGUUGCUGCACAUUUACAACGUAACAUCGAUAGGAAUGGGAGCAAUUGUAUGGGGAACAGUGGAGACCAUAUGACGAAAUGCUUCUAAGCCUUUUUAAUCUGCUUCGUAGUCUCACGUAGCGCUUUAUUAGCAAAUCACUAUUCAUCCAAUCAUCCCGCUAUAUUCAUUCAUUAUUUUUCUAGUUAGUGACAUUGAGAGGUAAUUAUGAUAACCCUAGAGUGUGACCGUCCAAUUAUAUAUAUAUAAAAAAAAAAAAAAAAAAAAAAAAAAAAAAGAAAAAAAAAGAAAAAAAAAGAAAACACCUAUCAUUUCUUCUAUCAAGAUUUUCUUCAAACAAUUGAUUCUAAUCAUUUUAUAUCAAAACAUAUUGUACCUAGAUAUUUGUAUAUCUUUAAAAAUCAAACAAAACAGAAAAAG